CAAAAUGGCGUUCGUUACAAUCACUCGUUUUACCGGCUUGCUACAUCCGUGCCCGUGCCGAAUGGCCGGGACUCCGUGGAUCUUUAAAUUCUUGCAUCUUUAUGCCACCUAUAAAUUUAAUUCAUUUCUUGAUUGUUGAUUCAUUUUUCAAAGUGCGAUUAUUUUUGUAAUCCCGAUGACCAACAGAAAUAAUUCAUUUUUGCAAACCAUGUUUAAGAUAAUAAUUACCCGUUAAGAUUUUAGAGGUUAAGUUGAGUUGUGAGAAAUAAAAAAUAUAGAAAAUCAGUUAUAAAAGGAAACCAUGGAUUAUGAACAACUGCAAAAAUAUCAACAAUCAAUUCUGAAUCAAGCUCUCAAUGAGGGAAUCAGAAGGAACGAUGAACAAACUCAAACGUGGUCAGAGUAUAAAUCUCGUCAUGAAAAAGUAAUUGAGAGUUUAGAAACCUUUUCGAAAGAACUGUCUGUCGAGUGUAUGGUGCCUAUUGGAAAAAGAGCUCUUAUGCGAGGGAAACUUACUCACACAAAUGAGAUUUUGGUGUCCCUCGGCGAAGGAUAUUUUGCAAAGUACAGUGCAGCACAGGCGCUUGCUCUGUGUAGGCGCAGGAUAAAGAAAGCUGAUGAUAUUUUAGGCAGUCUAGAAAAAGAGCACAAACUUUAUGAAAUGCGCCAACAGAUUCCUGAAUGUUUUGAUGCGUUUGCAAGUGAAGGAAGGAAAGAUUUGAUUGAGCAUUGGAACGAAGAACAACUCGAAGAUUGGCGAGUAAAACAUCGACAGAGGGAAAAAGAAUACAGGACAAAACUGGCUGAAUUAAAGAAUGUCGAAAAACAGGAUAUUAAGACUGAGGAAGAUUUGUUUGCAAAGCUCGAUGCCUUAGAACUGCAAGAAGAAUUGGAAGCAGAAUUGCAUAGGCUCGAAGCUGCUUGUCCAGAUUUUUACACUCAAGAUUUAAGCGAAGGUGAGGUUUACGAAGAAUCGGACUAUAGUUCGGAGGAAACCGACGACGAGAGUUCAGGAAAUGAAGAGAGUGAGUCGGAAGCUGCAUCAACAAAAGCGAAAACGGAUUCUCCUUGCGAAGUUGCUGGAGCUAUCCCGAAACCUCCAGAAUUCGUGGACGAUGCGAGCGAAAAGAUAUUUCCCGAAACAUCGGAUUCCAAUGUGAAUAUUUCCGAUUCGCCAAGAACAAUUGGAAGCGUGAAAAAAAGUGUCAUGUUUGGUGAGCCUGAAAUCAAAUAUUUUAAUCAAACGGAACAACUUGCAUCGGCGAAAGAAGUUGAGAAAAAAUCGAUCGACAUUCCGCCCGAGGAAGAAUCGGGCGAGGACGAGGUCGUGAGAAUCGAGUUUAAGCAUUCCGAUCAUCAGCCCCUAAUUCUCGAUUCCGAGAACAACGAAACGAUCGAAAGCCCUCGAGACAUUUACAAAAUGCUUGCGAAGCCGAAACCGAUACUCAAAUAUUCCGAAAAUCCAAACACCCUCGAAAUUGCCAACUCAUCGAUGGUCUCUGACUUAUCAACAACUGAUGAAAGUAUCGAUGACGAAAUCGAUGAAAAUUUAGCCGGUGUUUCCACUUACAACACGGUCGUAAAGGACAUCAAAGAACACGUUUUUGAAAAACCUUCAGCAAAACCUGAUCAAGUACCUGAUCAAAAGAGACCUCUUAGCAAAUUCAAAAUGGAACGAAUGAAAAGAUGAACUCUAUCAAUAUAAAAAAAUUAGCAUAGACAAGUGAUUACAAUCAUUUAUUCCACGAAA